AUGCCAAGCCGCAGCAGGAGCCGCAGCCGAAGUCGUGGGAGAGACUCACGCGUGUCCGAAGCGCCUUCCUCUGAGGCCCGCACAUCCGAGGCACGAGAAGAGCGGAGACGCAAGCGACGGACGGGUUGGGAUGUGGGGGGAGGCGGCGAAGCAGCAAACCCUGCAGAUCCAGCAGCUGCUGCAGCAAUUGCUGCUGCUGCUGCUUCUCGGAUCAACUCGGGCACCAUGUUUACCCCAGCCCUGGGGGCGGCAGGCAUUGGUCUCGCUGGGCGAUCUCCUCAGGCUCCCCAUCCCUCAGUAAGCAACAGCAGCAGCAGCAACAGCAGCAGCAGCAGCAACAGCAGCAGCAAGAAAAGCAUUGGCAAGCAACGCCGAUAUCUUGCGGCUGCUGCUGCUGCUCCAGCAGCAGCAGCAGCAGCAACUGCUGAUGCGGAUGGUUUCAUGCGGACGCACCGGAGGCAGCAGCAGCUUUUGCUGCUCGUAGAGGAAACAGAUAUGGCGGAGCAGAGACUCCCUAGCGCGAGGUCUCUGUUAGCAGCAGCAGCAGCAGCAGCAGCAGCGUGUGUGAAGGAACCAUCAAGGUUGGGCGCCCCACAGCUGUUGGCGCCGGGCAGCCUCAGCAGCUCCUCGCAAGGCCUCCGCCGGGGAUGUCUUUGGUUAGCAGCGCCCAAGCUGGUGCUGCAGCAGCAACAGCAAUUCUCGCAGGAAGAGCUGGACAGACACCGCAAGGCGACAUGGGUGACGCCGGAGAAGCAGCAAGACUCAGCACCAGGCAGCAACAGAAUUUACGUCGGCAAUGUCCCCUUCGGAUUCUCCUCUGAGGACCUCAAGCUGCUGCCUUCACAAGAAAACCCUCAGCAGCACAGAGGCUACGGGUUUAUUGAGUUUGCUUCGCCUGCAGCAGCAAAACUUGCAAUCGAUACCAUGAACGGAUUCGAAGUCGUCGGGAAGCAGCUGAAGGUGAACUAUGCAACAGCACUUAGAAGUGCUGCUGUUGCUGGCAGCCUGGGGGUUGGUAUGGGGGCACAGAUGGCUCCGAUCGUAGCAGCAAACGCAGCAGCAGCAGCAGCAGCUGCUGCUGCUGCUGACGGUGCUGCUGCUGCACUGCAAGGCGCUACGGGAGCGAACAAAACCCCAUUGGGAGUUCAGCAGCCACAGGCUACUGCAGCUGCACAGCAGCAGGAACAGCAGCAGCAGCAGCAGCAGCAAGAAGGAGGAGGUGAUGCCGCUGCUGCUGCUGCUGCUGCACCCGCAGGAGCAGCAGCACCUGCAGCAGCAGCAGCAUCACCUGCUCCGCCUUGCCCGGAAAAGCCAAGCGGAGAACCAGGCAGCAGCAGCGUGCUGCUGCUAACAAACACAGUUGCUGCUGAAGAGGUUGAUGAUGAUUUGAAAGAAGAAGGGCGCGAGGAAGAGGCAGCUGCAGAAGCGGCAAUAACAGCAGCAGCAACUGCUGCUGCUGCUGCUGAGCAGCACCUGCUGCUGUCUCUUCACCGUUGGGCGGUGGCAGCCUGCGGCUGCAGCGACGGUUUGCUGCGGCUUGCAGCAGUUCCUAAUGCUUCAGGGUUGCAUCCAGGGGCCCCCCCAGGUGCUGCUGCUGCUGCUGCUGCUGCUGCUGAAGGUGCAACGGGGCUGUCGGGGUGGGUAGGGAGAAGGAAGCUGUGUGGAGAUGCACAGCUGUCUCCAAUUACUUGUGUUGCUUGGUCUCCAGUCUCUGCUGCUCCGCCUCUCUAUUCUGACGAAGGGGCCCCCUUAGGUUAUUCGCUGCUGCUGCUGGCAACCACAGGAGCAGGUCAAAUCGUGCAGUGUCUUGUGACCGCAACUCCUGCUGCUGCUGCUGCUGCUGCUGGUCCCGCUGCUGCUACUGCUGCUGCUGCUGCUGCUGAGCAAGAAGCAGCAAACGAGGAGCAGGGGGUCUCUCCACAUGCAGCAAACGCUUCGCGGGGGAUCGUCCCCUUCUUUGUAGAUGAGGCGAUCCCCGUCCGGCCUCCGCGAGGUGCAGCAGCAGCAGCAGCAGGGGCAGGGGCAGAAGCAGCUGCAGCAGCAGGAGCCAGUGCUGCUGCUGCUGCUGCUAGGCCGCUGCUGCAGUAUAGCAUCUCAGAGGUCUGGCGAGACGCCAUACCCCAAGAGCAGCUGCUCUGCUGCGCCUUCAGCAGCAGCGGUGAUGCAUUUGCUGCAGCAGGUAGAGGAAGAAAGAUUUAUGUUUAUUCUGCUGCGACGAAGCAGCAGGUCUGCUGCCUAAGUAGAGCAGCACCAGAGAACCCUUUGCUUUGCCUAACCCUACCUCCUGCUGCUGCUGUUGCUGCUGCUGCGCCUGCUGCUGCACCAGCAGCACCACCACCACCAGCUCCAGGAAACGCCACACCCGCAGCAACAUACACAAACGCACGCGGACAACAGCAGCAGCAGCAACAGCAGGAAUACGCUGCUGCUCCGGGACCUGCUGCUGCUGCACCUACUGCGGGGAGCAGCAGAGCAGCAGCAAUUGAACGCAGCGGAGGCCCCCAACGGGCAGCAGCAGCAGCAGCAAGCAGAGGAGGCGACGCCCGCUUGCCUGGGGGUGCUGCUGGUGCUUCUACUCGUGCUGCUGCUGCUGCUGCAUCAGGCCGUGCAGCAGCAACAGCAGCAACGGGAGCCCCACAGACGACACAAGGUGGAGCUGCUGGUGCAGCAGCAAGUGCGGCACAAGCUGCAUCAGCUCCAGCAGCAGCAGCAGCAGCAGCAGCACACAGCAGCGGACCUGCUGUGCAGCGUUCGCCUGCUGCAGCAACAAAACAUCCAAUGGGCCUCAGUGUGGGGUCCUCAGAGCACCACGCGCACGGCAACCGCAUCGUGCAGGUGCUGUUCUUACCCCCUUCUGAAGAGCAGCAGCAGAGGAGCAGCAAAAAGCAGCAGGUACCCAAGCUGAGCAGCAAAUACCGCAUCGUCUCGUGUGGGGUUGACUCCACCAUACAGCUGUGGAAGACAGAAAAACAAAUGGCAGUCGGAGGCACGGCGGAGUGCUCCCCUCUAGGGGAGUCCGUGGCUGUGCUGUCUCCAUCAACUGCUUUGGUUGCAUCUCACCGAGAUGAAAGACAGCUGAUGCUCUUGAGGCUCCCUGACUUUGAAGUUCUUCAGAGUUUAGAGGUGGCUGACAGCUGCGCAUCUUCACGUGCGCAGAGCGGCCUUUGCUUCUGCUGCGGACCAAAGCAACAGCAGCAGCAACAGCAGCAGCAACAGCAGCAGCAACUGCAGCAGCAACAGCAGCAGCAACAGCAGCAGCAACAGCAGUAG